AUUAGGUCCAUCAUCUCUUCUCUACCUCCUCCGUUAUUUCCUUUAUCUAACCCUCUCCCUCGUCCCUCUUCCUCUCAUUCAAUCUCUCCAUGAAGCGCCCACUAGACACCGGACCCGAAAUCCACAACAAAACCGACAUGAAAAUGAAGAAGAAAAGGCACCAAGAAGAAGGAGAAAUCAAGGAAGAAAUAGAAUCCGAAACCAAUACAGGAACUGGGUUUAUGAAUUUAGACGAGAACUUACUUUUCGAGGUGUUGAAGCAUGUAGACGCGAGGACUUUAGGGAGGGCAUCCUGUGUGAGCAAGCAGUGGCACAGGACAGUACAGGACGAGAGGUUAUGGGAGCUGAUCUGUACCAAGCACUGGGCUAAUAUUGGCUGUGGUAAUCAACAACUGAGAUCUGUUGUUUUAGCUCUUGGUGGGUUUCGUCGACUUCACUCUCAGUAUCUCUGGCCCCUGUCAAAACCACACUCAACUCCUGCACCCUCUUCUUCCUCUUCUCCUUCCGCCUGGAACCCGUUCCCGAAGAUGAUUGGGAACAAGCCACCGGCUAGGUGGGGCAAGGAUGAGGUGCAUCUGUCUCUGUCUUUGCUUUCAAUUCGGUAUUAUGAGAAGAUGAAUUUUAGUAACAGAGGAAGGUGAAUUAGGGUUAAUUUAUGUAAUUUAUACAAGAGAGUGUCUUGUUAAUCUUUUUUUUUCUUGUUUUUGUCCAAAUUUGAAUUCGGUAUUUUUAUUUUUUUUGGGUUUUGGUUUGGUUUUUUGUUGUGUUUGAUAUGGGUUAUGACUAACUAGAUCUGUACCGUGUAUGUAAGCUUGUUGUAAUGAAAAAUGUUGUUUCACAUUUUUGCUA